AAUGCGUCACCGGUGCAGUAACUGCGCGUGCGUGAAAUUGCUAAAACUCCUGUUACCUUGUUUUUCUUUUGUAAACGGAAACAUAACGUUUAUUUAGAACUUAUUUACGCUGGUUUUAGAUUAAUAUUCUCACCCAGCUUACGAAAUAGCAGGCUGCUAAAUCUGUGGUUAUAUAAAUGGAGGUACACUUGUUUUAGGUAGUGUAUUUUGUAAGUAAGCUAACAGCUGUUAGCUUCAAAUUAGCAUGCUGUUUGUUUUUAGGUUCUUUACAGACACGGAAUCUAGAGGAUGAUAAAGUUUUUGUUGAUGGUGAACCGUCAAGGUCAGACCAGAUUGUCCAGAUAUUAUCAACCCGUGGAGCUGACUAAGAGGGCAGCCCUCGAGGCCGAUGUGGUGCGCUUCUGUCUGAGCCGAAACAAGGAGCAGUGUUCCUUUGUAGAAUACAAAGACUUCCGUCUCAUCUAUCGUCAGUAUGCUGCUCUGUACAUCGUGGUUGGGGUCACAGAUGCAGAAAAUGAGCUGUCCAUCUACGAGCUGGUCCACAACUUUGUUGAAGUUUUGGAUAAAUAUUUCAGCAGAGUGAGUGAACUGGAUAUUAUGUUCAAUCUGGAUCGAGUCCACAUCAUUUUGGAUGAGAUUAUUCAGAACGGACACAUCGUAGAAACAAACAAGAGCCGCAUCCUGGCCCCACUCACUGCACUGGACAAGAUGGCUGACGGCUGAAGACCACCGCGUUGAAGAAGACUCAUUUUGUUUGUUUUUUAAUUAAAGUUUUCACACUUUAGAAAUGUGUUCUGCUCAAAACUGUAAAUAAAUGUUUAAAAACAA